GCAAACGGUUCGCAUUUCGUGUGCGCAUUAAACUGAAAAUAACAGAGUAAAAGCAAAUAACUGCAAAUAUAUUCAACCAAAGUCGCGCGUGCGUCGUGCAAUACACAAUAUUGUGAAAUAUACAAACAAAAUAAUGUGUGUUUGAAACUGUAAAGAUAAACUGUGCGAUUGAAGAGUUAAAAGAAAUACUUUUGGAAUUUAAUUUCAACAAUAACAGCAAAAACAAAAACAAAAUGGUACGCAGUUUGGCACAGUGGACCAAAACGUUGAGUUUUCCCUCACGUUUGUCGCCCAAUCGCAAUUCCAAGGAUUGCUCAACUCUGGCCAGUCCGGUGCCGCCGCCAACGCCGCCCCGUAACAAGACCAAAGGUCAUAGCAACUGCGCCACAUCGCGCAGCUCCUCUUCGACCGUAUCCUCAUCGCAUUCUUCGGCUGCUUCACAUAAUUCACCAACACCGGGCAACAACAACAACGUGAACAAUAUGCCCAUCACAGAACUGGAACAAAUCAUCUAUCCCGGUCCCGAUCCAAAGCAAGCGAUAAUGGGUUCGCUAGUCUUUUGCAUACACCACAAGCAGGGCUGCAAGUGGUCGGAUGAGCUGCGCAAGCUGAAGGCGCAUUUGAACACAUGCAAGCACGACGCCACCCAGUGCCCCAACAAGUGUGGCGCGCAGAUACCACGCAUCAUGAUGACCGAUCACCUGCAGUACACCUGCACGAUGCGUCGCACUCGCUGCGAGUUCUGUCAAAGCGAAUUCUCUGGCGCUGGCUUGGAGGAGCACAACGGCAGCUGUGGCCAGGAGCCGGUCUACUGCGAGGCCAAGUGCGGACAGCGUGUGCUGCGCGGUCGCAUGACUCUGCACAAGUCCAAGGACUGUGCCAAGCGUUUGCGUCGCUGCGCUCACUGCCAGCGCGAAUUCUCAGCCGACACGCUGCAGCUGCAUGCGGCUCAGUGUCCGCGCACUCCGUUGGCCUGUCCACAGCGCUGCGAUGCAGGUCCGAUAGCUCGUGGCGAACUGGAGGCGCAUCUGCGUGACGAAUGCCAAUCGCUGGCUCUGGCCUGCAGCUUCAAGGAGGCCGGCUGCCGCUUCAAGGGACCGCGCCAGUUGCUGGAGGCGCAUUUGGAAAGCAGCGCUGCGGCUCAUCUAUCGCUGAUGGUGGCGCUCAGCAGCCGACAGGGUCAACAGAUACAAAUGCUCAAGUCGGCAGUGUCCAAGCUGUCCAUCAACUACACUGGCACGCUGCUAUGGAAGAUCACCGAUUGGUCGGCCAAAAUGAACGAGGCACGCGGCAAGGAUGGCUUGGAGCUGGUCUCGCCGCCUUUCUACACCUCACAGUACGGCUAUAAGCUGCAGGCCUCGAUGUUUCUCAAUGGCAAUGGACCCGGCGAGAAUACCCAUGUCUCGGUCUAUAUUAAAGUGCUGCCGGGAGAAUAUGAUGCUCUGCUCAAGUGGCCCUUCUCGCACUCCAUCACCUUUACGCUGUUCGAGCAGGGCGCCCAGAGCGGCCAGGGCGGUGUAGCCGAAUCCUUUGUGCCCGAUCCAACCUGGGAGAACUUCCAACGGCCAUCGAAUGAGCCCGAUCAGCUGGGCUUCGGCUUUCCACGUUUCAUCUCGCACGAGCUGCUGCAUAGCCGACCCUUCAUCAAGGCCGAUACCGUCUUUCUGCGAGUCAAGGUCGAUCCCAGCAAAAUUGUGGCCGUCUAAGCGGACACCAUCGAGGACGACUCCAUUUGUAGCCUUAAGCAUACUCGACUUCCUUAAAUACCGUGUAUUUGAAUGCGAGAGUGUGUGUCAGACUAGCCCUGUGUAAAUAGAUCUUAAGUAGAAGAGUUAGCUUCGGCUUCGGGCGAGGUUAGCCGCUUGUUUGCUAACUGGCCUUUGAAUGCUGAUUAGCCACGCCUACCGCGUAAUAGUCAUAUAGCUUGUAUACAUACAUACAUACACACACGUAUAUAUACACUAUAUAUACAUAUAUAGUAACUAUAUAGGUUUUGCAGUGCUGGAAUUAAACCAAAGCAUAUUAAACAUAAAAACAAACGAAAAGAACAAAAUUUCAACAACAAAUAUUCAAAUAUUA